CUCUGCGCUCCGCCUCCUUCGCGAGCGAGAAUGUUUUGACGGAUGACUUGUUUUGAUUCUGCCGUCACCGUUCUUAAUUGUCUAACUCAAUUAGCGGGGGAAGCCUUUCGCGCGAACCGACGGCCGUGAUGAUGGACAGUGUGGCUGGCAGCAGGAGCACCCGCUUCAUGAUGGAGGGUGUCGGCGCCCGGGUGAUCCGUGGCCCCGACUGGAAAUGGGGCAAACAGGACGGCGGCGAAGGUCACGUUGGCACUGUCCGCAAUUUCGAAUCUCCGGAGGAAGUGGUCGUCGUCUGGGACAAUGGCACCGCCGCCAACUACCGCUGCUCCGGACCUUACGACCUCAGGGUGCUGGACAGCGCACCAACAGGUGUUAAACACGACGGGACGAUGUGUGAUACCUGUCGACAGCAACCAAUUUUUGGCAUUCGGCUCAAGUGCGCCGAGUGCAAUAAUUACGACCUGUGCUCAAACUGCUACCACAGCGAUAAGCACAACUUGCGACACAGGUUUUACAGAAUCUCUACCCCUGGAAGUGAAAGGGUCCUUCUUGACGCAAGACGCAAAAGCAAGAAAAUCGCGGUGAGAGGAAUAUUCCCUGGUGCCAGAGUUGUGCGUGGUGUGGAUUGGCAGUGGGAAGAUCAGGAUGGCGGUAACGGGCGCCGGGGAAAAGUUAAUGAUAUUCAAGACUGGUCGGCAGCGAGCCCGAGAUCCGCUGCCUACGUCGUUUGGGACAAUGGUGCCAAAAACCUGUACCGGGUCGGAUUUGAGGGAAUGGCUGACCUCAAAGUUGUGAACGAUGCCAAAGGCGGAACCGUGUACAGAGAUCACCUGCCACUUUUGGGAGAACAGGGUGCUGGAAAGACUGGUCCACAUGGACUUCAAAUUGGUGAUCAGGUGAACGUCGAUUUAGAUCUGGAAAUAGUGCAAUCCCUUCAACACGGCCACGGAGGCUGGAUUGAUGGCAUGUAUGAGUGUCUCGGAACAACUGGCACAGUCAUGGGCAUCGAUGAAGAUCAUGAUAUUGUAGUUUCGUAUCCUAGUGGUCACCGAUGGACAUUCAAUCCUGCGGUGUUGACUAAGGUCAUAAAUAAGCCGCCUGGACCAUCUGCGUCCCACAGUGUCACAGAAUCAACGACUCCUCAGUUUGUGGUUGGUGAUCUGGUUCAAAUAUGCAAUGACGUCGAGAGGAUAAAAAUUCUGCAAAGAGGUCACGGUGAAUGGGCUGAUGCUAUGCUUCCUACGCUAGGAAAGGUUGGCCGCGUUCAGCAAAUUUACCAUGACAAUGAUCUGAAAGUGGAAGUGUGUGGUACUUCAUGGACUUACAAUCCACUGGCUGUUACCAAAGUAGCGUCUUCCGACACAAACAUCCAAGGAGCAGCAAGUGGAGAACGUUUGAGUGCCCUUUUGAAGAAGUUGUUUGAAACACAUGUGUCCGGAGAUGUUAAUGAGGAAUUGGUCAAAAUGGCUGCUAAUGGAGAUGCGCAAAAAGUGGAGGAGUGUCUAAAACGACCAGAUGCGGAUGUUAAUGGAGUCUUUGCCAGCCAUACUGCUUUGCAAGCAGCCAGCCAAAACGGCCACAUUGAAGUUCUGAAAAUCUUGCUUAGACACAAUGCUGAUGUUGAAUUGGAGGACAAAGAUGGAGACCGAGCUGUCCACCAUGCAGCUUUUGGAGACGAACCUGCUGUUGUUCAACUCUUGGCCCAAGCUGGGGCAGAUUUGAAUGCUCGAAAUAGAAGGCGUCAAACAGCUCUACACAUAGCUGUGAACAAAGACCACGUUGGAGUCGUCCGCUCUCUUCUAGAACUUGGAUGCCAUCCCAGCCUUCAGGACUCUGAAGGCGACACGCCCCUGCACGAUGCCAUCUCCAAGAAGCGAGAUGACAUGUUGACGCUGCUGCUGGACCACAACGCCGACAUUAUGUUGACAAACAACAACGGCUUCAACGCCCUGCACAAUGCUGCCCUGCGUGGAAACCCAAGUGCUAUGAAAAUUCUGCUGAUGAAGCUGCCUCGCCCGUGGAUCGUGGACGAGAAGAAGGACGACGGCUACACCGCGCUUCACUUGGCCGCCCUCAACAACCACGUCGAGGUCGCUGAACUGCUGGUCCUGGUGGGCAAAGCGGACCCCGACCUGCAGAACGUGAACCUCCAGACGGCCCUGCACCUCGCCGUCGAAAGACAACACACGCAGAUCGUCAGGCUUCUUGUGCGCGAGGGUGCAAAUCUGAACAUCCCCGACAAAGACGGAGACACGCCGCUCCACGAGGCACUGCGCCACCACACUCUGUCUCAGCUGCGACAACUACAGGACGUGCAGGAUGUUGGAAAGCUCCUCAUGGGACUCGGCAGCCAAGGAGCAGAUAAGAAAUCGUCUGCCUCCAUCGCUUGUUUCCUGGCUGCCAACGGGGCCGAUCUCACCAUCAAAAAUAAAAAGGGCCAAACACCACUGGACCUUUGUCCGGAUCCCAACCUUUGCCGCGCCCUAGCAAGGUGCCACAGGGAGAGGAUGGUGCAGAACUCGGUCGGAGAUGAGUUGUGGGACUCUAGUGAAGGAGGAAUGGAAUCUUCAAACGCUGGUGAGCAGUUGGACGAGUGUCUUGUGUGCUCCGACAUGAAGAGGGACUCCCUUUUCACGCCGUGCGGCCACGUCGCCUGCUGCACAGCCUGCUCUCCCAGGGUGAAAAAGUGUCUUGUGUGCAGAGAACCUGUCGUGACCAGGGUCAAGAUUGAAGAGUGCGUCGUCUGCUCGGACAAGAAGGCUUCUGUGCUGUUCAGACCGUGCGGACACAUGUGCGCUUGUGACUGUUGCGCUUCUUUGAUGAAGAAGUGCGUGCAAUGCAGAUCUCAAAUCGACCAAAUGGUGCCCUUCAUCGUUUGCUGCGGAGGAAUCGGAUCAAUAUGUGACGUCAUCAAUGACCCAGAGGAAGAGAUUCCUACGACGACUUCUACAAGCGAAGUGGCACCCAACAACAACGCCACUAAUAGCAACAUUAAUAGUAACAUCAACAGCGUGAAUUACCAGCCGCCUCUGAUGAACAACGGCUCCCGCGACACAACCUCGAGCGCGGACAUCCAAAAGCUGCAGCAGCAGCUGCAAGAUAUCAAAGAACAGACUAUGUGUCCCGUGUGCCUGGACCGGUUGAAAAACAUGAUCUUCCUCUGCGGCCACGGAACCUGCCAAAUGUGCGGAGACAAAAUUGGAGAGUGCCCCAUAUGCAGAAAGACCGUGGAGAAAAGAAUCUUGCUUUACUAGAGAACUCUAUACAUUUGCCUAAAGUAGAACAUAAAGUAAUUAAUCUUGGCCACUGUGCCGAAUCGGUUUGAAAUUCCAUUUAUUAGCGCGUAGAACCAGAUGUUUACCCUUUCAUCAAUAUUAUUAAUAAUGAAGAGCUGAAAUCUCUCAAAAUCUUCGCUUUUACAAACUCAUUUCAAUUAUUGCUGCUUUAUAUACAUGCGCAAAAUUAGAUUUUGGAAUAUAUUAUUCCUUGCGUGCCUCUGAAUAGUGACAACUUGAGAUAUUAGAAAAAUGAGACUAUGCCUUUGUGUAACAGAAAGCACCCGAUUAUGAGCACUGACAACGUGUUGUUAAAGCCAAGCAGCAAGACUAGAAAUUAUUACUUAAUAUGCUAUAUCUUUAUUACUUUUCGAUUAGACAAAAAUACGUGACACGCUUUUAAAUAUUGAAUAGAUUCAAACGAUUGUUGCCUGAUAAUAUACAUAUAUAUCAUUUUCUUUUUUAAAAAUCAAUUUCACAAUCAGAAAUAAAAGCUAAAUAGUCAAA